AUGGCUGCGGGAAAAACAGCCGCCAAGCCGGCCUCCCUCUGGGACAACACGCGGACCCGCUUCAUCGUCUGUUUCCUGGGAGUCUUCGUCUGCUACUUUUACUACGGAAUAUUACAGGAGACCAUCACUCGGGGUGAUUAUGUUCAAGGAGACAAGAAGGAGAAGUUCCGAUUUGCCUGGACGUUGGUUUUCAUCCAGUGCAUCAUCAACGCUGUGUUUGCUAAGAUAUUGAUCCACUUUUUUGAGGGUUCCAAGCCGGAUCACACCAAGAACUGGCUCUAUGGGAUGUGCGCACUCUCUUAUCUUGGAGCCAUGGUGUCCAGUAACUCUGCCCUUCAGUAUGUCAACUACCCCACACAGGUAUUGGGGAAAUCCUGCAAACCCAUACCAGUGAUGAUUCUUGGAGUCACCAUACUGAGGAAGAAGUACCCGUUUGCUAAGUACCUGUGUGUGCUGCUGAUUGUGAGCGGUGUGGCUCUGUUCCUCUACAAACCAAACCAGGCUGUCACAGAGGACCACGUUUUUGGCUUUGGAGAGAUUCUGUUGCUGCUCUCGCUGACGUUGGACGGUUUGACCGGUGUAGCACAGGACCACAUGAGAGCUCGCUUCCAGACGGGUGCCAACCACAUGAUGCUGAAUUUCAACCUAUGGUCCAUUCUGAUACUUGGACUCGCUGUGCUGUGGACGGGGGAAGUGUGGGACUUCCUGAGUUUUACUGAACGUCACCCCAGCAUCUUCUACAACAUACUCUUAUUUGGAUUGGCCAGCGCUUUAGGACAGACCUUCAUCUUCAUGACCGUGGUGUACUUUGGGCCGCUGACCUGCUCCAUCAUCACCACCACAAGAAAGUUCUUUACCAUCCUCGGCUCUGUUAUACUGUUCGGGAACGUCAUGACUACGAUGCAGUGGGUCGGCACCAUCAUGGUGUUCCUCGGUCUUGGUUUAGAUGUUAAAUUUGGAAAGAACUCCAAGAAGACUACACACUAAUACGUCUGGACAACACACAAACCACCUGGCAUCAUUCUUUUGGCAAUUAUCUUACAUUUGUAAGAGAUUCCAUGCAGGCGCACAGCGUGUGCCUAUAAAUGAUCAAAGUACUGUUUCAUCUGUAUUUAAGAGUUUUUAAAAUCCAGCCUCUGUAGUGUACUGUUCUUUAAAAGACCUCCUUUACUUGGGAUCUUUCCCCGAAUGAACUGUGAGCAGUCACUGAGUGUGAACUGAAUAACAAAGGUUAUUAUGAUAAAAUCUUUAUCAUUAAGGAAGCCCAUUUCGUUAAAAUGUAUUUUGAACUGAACAAGACUUGAGAUGUACACCUUCAGUCAGGAACCACUCAAAUACUAUUUCAAACUGUCUGUACUUUAUUUCUUGGCAAAGGAUUACUUCAUUUAUGAAAUAGAAAUGUAUGUUGCUUGUUGUGAUGUGUCCAAGCUCUGGGAUUUGUUUGCUCGUAUUAUUUUAUUACUUGUAAUUGACUUACCAUAAAUGGAAAUUGUGAUAUAUAUUUCA